AUUUAUUAGACAUUUAAAAAGUAAAAUGACAUAUAAUGUUAUGUUAAACAUUUACAUUUAUGGUAAGGUUACAACUAUUUUUACUUUUUGGGAACCAUGAACUGCUUUAGUAAGGUUAAUGUGGAAUAGCUUUGGUGUCAGGUGAAACAUGUGAGAGUUUGUGCAGUAGGAAUGUCACAUUGUCAGAUAAUGGUAAUGAAUGAUGCAAAAAAACCAUAUGGAAAAGCGAGAGAUAAUAGGAUUGCCCAGGCCUUGUGGAAACAUGCUGAAGGGAGAGAAGAUGAUGAUGUCAUGAGUUUCCAGUUCCUCAUUAGGAUUAGUCAGCAAUGAAGAGUGAGAGACAGAGAGAAAGAGAGGAAUGAAGGGAGGAGCUGAAGGUAAAGAGAGAGAGAGAGAGGCGGUGCUCAACACUAUCAGCUCUGCUAUAAGCAGCAGCAGAUAAAUCUGUGACUAAAGCCGUGACCUCACAGCACUGCUGAUUGACCCGCUAGAAACUUCUGCUAGCACAUGAGGUGGAGUAAUCGCUUGUAAUUUGCACAGGCUUCUUUACAGAGUUUUUCGUUCUACUGAAACUGAAUUAUGCAUCUUAAGACUACAAAGUGCAACAGCUACUGCCUGGUGGCCACACCAGUGGACCAUGAGAUAUUCUGUCAGCCACAGAUUCGGGAGCAGUUUGAGGCUUUGUUCCUUGAGUUUGAUCCAAGCACGUCCUUCCAGUUCUUUAAAAGCUUCAGACGGGUUCGGAUCAACUUCACCAAUGCCCUGGCAGCAGCCGAGGCCAGAGUCAAACUCCAUAAGAGCGACUUCAAUGGAAAGGAGAUGCGUCUGUAUUUUGCUCAGGUGGUACAUAUUGGCAGUCCUCGCCUUGAGCCUCCUAAACCAGAGAAGCAGUUCCUCAUUUCUCCUCCGGCAUCACCACCUGUUGGCUGGGCGCAGUCGCAGGAUGCUAUGCCAGUCGUCAACUAUGACCUACUGUGUGCCGUGACUAAACUAGGGCCAGGAGAGCAGUAUGAGCUCCACACUGGAACCACCAACACACCCAGUGUGAUCGUACACGUGUGUGAGGACGACAGCUCAGAUGGCGAAGAUGAAACUGCAGAGGGCAGCAAACGCAUGCGUCCCAAGAUCAUCCAGACCCGUCGCCCAGACUAUGUCCCAUCCGUGAACCAGUGAGCGAAUAAUUCUAGGCUGUUUAUUCUUUGCGACCAACACUGGAAUUACUAGGACACAUGCAGUCAUGCAGGUCGUCAUCCUCACCACCGGGGAGAUCGGCGAGCAUCAAAUCCUCUUCCUAGUUAGUGAGGGAGUCGACCAUCCUCAGAAUCUCAUGUUGUAUUUCUUAACAUCCAUCUCUGAUGGAGUCAGAGACUUUGAGGUCUUGGAAGAGUUUUUCUCGAUUUAUGAAUGUCAUUAUUUGCUUGACGUCACAACUGUGUAUUUUAAUAAUCCGAGAGAAAGCUACAGAAAAAUCUGUUUUACAGAAGGAGUUUUUGUCUGAAGUUUGUAUCGUUCAGGGCCACUAAUAUGUACUCAUCGUCAUUAUCAUGUAAUGUCUCUACGUGCUCCUCCAAGUAUUGUGCACUUUAAAAAUAGAGCCUUAUAAUGUGGUAAACUGACAACAACAUGAAGUACUUGUCUUUGUAUAUAGAGCGCAACUGCGACUGAUGAUUUUUUCCAUCUUGAUUACGCAAGUAUUUUUCCCAUUCAUUUUCUCUAUCAUUCACAACGUUUAUUGAUGCAAAAAAAGUAUUUAAAUAUUGUUUCAAAAGACACUUGUACUAAACUAUGUACUUUAAUUAUGUUAAACUAAUUAAUCCAUGAAUCAUUGUGAAUGAUAUAAAUAUGUUAAAUGUUAAAAUGACAAUAUUGACUAUAUUUCAUUUCAUUUUAUGUAUGAAUAAAGUAAAAAUAUUGACUAUACAUUGAAAAAACAUUUCACUCAUAAAUUCCUAGUAAAUUUCUCAAUUAAAAAUAAACGUUAUAUAAUUUAUUAAACGUGGCAUUCUGAAGUAAAA